AUGUCUCUUCCAACUCCACAAUAUCGACUAAGUGCAAUUCGAGCUCAUGAUGUUUAUGAACCAUCCGAGGACACUUUUUUGCUCAUUGAUGCGAUUGAAAAAGAUAUCAAGGUUUGGAAAAUUUUGAAGAUUUUUCAAGAAUCCGCCAAAAAAAUCGAGCUCAGAAAUGAAUCGCUUUAGGACUGAAACUAGCGCCAGCCGUUUAGAAUACUGUAGCACAAUUUCAGCUGUGCUAUUUUUUAUUCAAGCUCGAUUUUCAAGCUUCACCCAUCAAAGACUUUCUGCCAAGCAGGCCCGCCUUGAAAUUUCUUCUGUCAAGCAACCAUCCCUUGACAGCAGUUUUGCCAACGGGCGACUUCUUGACAGCUGAAUGUUCAAGCUGCCAAAGCUUCCAGCAUAAUUUUUGAAAUAACAAGGGGUGUAGAUAGCUCAGAAUUUAUAUCAGAGAAAAAUGACCAAACAGCGUCUCUAAUCAAAUUCUCGCAUUUUUUCCAGGAAAUUCGAAAACGCGAUCCAAAAAUAGUUCUCGAAAUUGGUUGUGGUUCUGGAGUUGUCUCAACAUUUGUAAAUCAAGCCCUUGGUGGAAAUGUGACAUCUCUCGCAACCGAUUUGAAUCCCCACGCACUUGACAUAACUCUCGAAACUGCAAAACUCAAUGAUAUUAAAAUCGAUGUUGUCAGAACAGAUCUUGAUUCGGGUCUAGAGAAUUUGCGAGGAAAAGUUGAUCUACUUCUAUUCAAUCCACCGUAUGUUCCAACGGAAGAAGAACCAAAAUCAAAUAUUGAGUUGACUUAUGCUGGCGGAAAGACUGGAAGAUCAACAUUGGAUCGACUUUUACCAAGGAUUCCAGAUAUUUUAUCACCAUCGGGGGUGUUUUAUUUGGUUGCUUUGCAUUCGAAUGAUAUUCCGAUGUUAUUAAAACAACAUUCUGAUAAAAUGCAAUCAUCAAUUUCAAUGGAAAGACGAUGUGGAAUUGAACAUUUGUAUAUUUUGAAGUUUGUUAAAAAGUUGAACGAAUAA